AUGCUCAUCCAUCCGAGUAGCUCGAAUGGCUCUUCUGGGGGUGACUCAGGUAAUGAACCCGGAGGAACCGUCAGCCAGGGAAAACCAACUGCCUUUCCCGACCCUUCAGGCGGCCGUGGCAAUUCAGGCGGAAACGCAACGUCUACUUCCCCAACCGGUAGCCCCCUUUCUUUCUCCCCAGCUUCACGGACCAGCACUGACCCUCGCCCAUCAGACUCCUCGCCAACCUUCGAAUCCAAUUCCGUCUGUCAAGGCAAUAUCUGCCCCUCUGUCCUCUCCGUUGCGCAGUACGCUUCGCCUCCCACCGCCUUCCUCUUCGGCCUCGGGCAAGACAACGCGGUAUGGUACCGCACCACCAACGGCGAGAAGUGGCUCUCUGACUGGGAAUCACUGGGCGGUGACAUGAUUUCCCAGCCUUCCGCCGCUUCGUUGGAUAACAACCUGGUGGAUGUGUUUGUUUAUGCAAAGAAUAACACUAUCCAAACGAAAAGGUUUUACAACGGGAAAUGGAACGACACUUGGACUGAGCUUGGGAAGGCGAUUACCAGUCCGCCCUAUGCAGUAGCGUGUGGUGAUUCACAAAUGGACGUGGCGAUCAGAGGGACGGAUGGGGGCUUGUAUAGGAUCUACUACAAGCCGUAUGCUGGGUGGUCAGGAUGGGAGAGUCAUGGGGGUGGGCUGUCAUCGUACCCGGUUAUUGGGUGUGGACCGGGACCGUGGAGAAUGGCGGUACUUGGGUUUCGAGGCACAGCCCAGCCGUUAUUUACCACCACUUGGCUCGGUGCUUGGACAGGAUGGGUCGAGGCAGGGGGGGACUUCAGGGGGCAGCUGGCCAUCGCUUCGAGAACAGUCGAAGAGAGUUUUGUGUUUGGGAUAACGGUAAACAGAACUAUGGAAUACUACAACUGGACCAAGACUGGGGAUGCGGAAACGAACAACCUGGUGGAUUUGGGAGGGAGUUUCCAGUCCACUCCGGUGGUGUAUGUUAGUGGGCCGGAUAGGUUGGAUGUGUUGGCUGUGGGGAGGGAUGAUAGGCUAAAGCAUAAGGCAUUGAUUGGGCAGAAGUGGGCGGAAGAGUGGCAGGAUUUGGGGGGCGCGUUUAAUAGUACACCGGCUGUGGUGUCGUUGGUAAGGGGGAAGGUGUCGGUUUAUGGGUUGGGGGUAAAUGGCAUGUUGUUUCAUGGGACGUGGAAGGUUGGGAAGGAGUUUGAGUGGAGUGGGGGGCCGGAGUGGUUGGCUGAUGGGGGGGAGUUGUCGUUGACGGGGAUGAAGUUUAGUGGGGUUUAA